CUGUACUGUGGCCCAGUCCGGAUCAUCAUCAACCUCGUGCUAUCUCGCAGCUGAUCGUCCUUAUCAUUCGAGUGGCCGCUGUACACUAGAAUAGUCAGGAGUUUUAUUGUGGAGCAGAACGAGUUAAAACCAACAAAAAAAUCGAGCAAUUUGUGGUGCUUCUCUCGAGUGUUUCGGCCUGAUAAGCGAAACGAGCGAACUGCGAACGAUGGUACGCUCUCAGCCAGUCUCAGUUUCGUUGUGGCCGCGGCUGUGCUUGGUGGUACUGGUACUGGUGGAUUGCGCUUGGGCUGUUGACAGUGACGUAACGAAGACCGCGACCAGCCUCAUCAUGACUGAUGUGCAACAGGUUUUCACCGAACAUGAGUUGAUUCCCGAUGUGCUCGACGUUGCCCCGAAGGAGCUGGCUAAGAUAACGUAUCCGAGCGGUGUAAGCGUCGAGGCGGGCAAGGAGCUUCGACCAACGCAGGUUAAAGAUCAACCGAAAGUGGAAUGGACCGCCGAUCCGAACGCAUUCUACACACUCUUCAUGGUCGAUCCCGAUGCACCGAACCGUAAGGAACCGAAAUUCCGUGAAAUCGGCCACUGGCUGGUGGGUAACAUUCCCGGUACCCGGAUCGAAGAAGGAGACCAUAUGUACGGGUUCGUCGGUUCUGGUCCACCGAACGGUUCCGGGCUGCAUCGUUACGUGUUCCUGGUGUACGAGCAGCCCACGGGCCGCAUCGAUUACUCGCAGGCCCCUCGAGUGUCGAACCGUAGUCGCAACCAUCGUUUGAACUACAAGCAUCGCGAGUUUGUCAAGCAGUAUGGUCUCGGAACGCUGGUAGCUGGCAAUUUCUAUCAGGCCCAGUACGACGAUUACGUUCCGACGCUUCACGCGCAGCUCUCAUCCGGUACGGAGUAGCGAUAAGACACGGUUGGAAUUCAGUUUUUUUAUCUCUCGCAAAAGAAUCAAAUAAAAAAAAUAAAGGAACCUGAUA